CCAAUUCUUCCUAUACCCAGCCAUUCUUUUUACCAUCCGUUGGCCUAUCCUUCACCUCUGUUCAUUCGCAUUUCAUCCACUUACGGCGUGCACGAGAUGCAGUUAUUUACAUUUCCAAUAUCUCCACUUCCCUUUGAAGCACCCUCCGUGCUCUGCCAGUGCACGUUUCAACACUACAAAACCUCAUGGGACGCUCAGCCUUGCCUGAUGCCAGUCUCCCCUCAUCCACAAAGAUGCAAAGUUACAGAUGCACUCCCCCAUAAGACUAUAGUCCGGAAUCCACUUGCUUUCUUCCUCCACCUGGCCUUCUUUAGUGUGACUUGCAUUCUCACACGAAAGCAGCUGCGAAGGCGCCCAACUGUCAACAGGCAAGGAUUGUGGGGCUGGGCGUAA